AUGUCAACAUUUGAAGCACUUGUCAAUGAUCUGACUCGCGACGCCCAUCGCGUUCAACCCAAAGAUGCUCUCCAAUUCUGUGCCAAUUGGUUUCAAUCUCGCUUGGAGGAACAAAGAGCGCGUACCCGCGAUAUCCUUUCUCAGCGCUCCGUCUCAGCACCUUGCGAGCUUCAUACAGACACGCAUUUUGGCAAUAGCAUUGGGCUACCCACACUCUCACCCUUUCCCCGACCCCGCUCAUCUAUCCGAGAUAGCAUCGCACAGAGUCCAUUUGGCACACUCAAUGUUCCAGGUAACGCGCUGCUUUCGGGUGAUCGGACGCCGCCAUCACUAAGAUACGGGCAGCACGAGCUUCCUCCCACUUCACCACUUACCACCGUGAACCCCUUUGCGACAUUUGAUACCACGACUCCUACAUCUCGGGAUUCUGGAGAUUAUCUACACGCUCCAACAUCCUCGAUAUUUGCACGGCGAACGUCAGUUUCCGCAGAAUCCAUUGCUGUUGAUAGUCAUAGCGAUGAGCCACUCCCUGUAUACCCUAAAACGGACGACCAGCUACGCCGCAUCAAAGCAGCCAUCAGGGGUAACUUUAUCUUUCGUGAUCUUGAUGAGGAGCAAGAAACGGGCGUGUUGGCUGCAAUGCAAGAGCGAAAAGUGCCCAAGGAUGAAGUGGUGAUUCGGCAGGGUGAUGUAGGAGAGUACUUCUACGUUGUUGAAUCUGGGCUCCUUCAUUGUUACAUUCCAUCAUCCACGGAGGACAAAUUUCUCCAACCAAAGUACCAUCCUGAACUCGGUAGACAAGUACAGGAAUGCAAACCUGGCAGCUCUUUUGGCGAGUUGGCCCUGAUGUAUGGCCAUCCUCGUGCUGCAUCUGUUUUGGCUAUGGAGCCAUCCACUUUGUGGGCGCUGGACCGCAUCACAUUCCGCACCAUUAUUUUGAAGGCGGCUCAUAGGAGGCGCACGAUGUAUGAACAGUUCUUGUCAACUGUGACGCUGUUGUCGUCGCUGGAUGCCCCCGAGAGGAGCAAGAUCGCCGAUGCCCUAGUUAGCAGCGUAUACAAAGACGGUGAAGCAGUUGUCAAGCAAGGAGAACUCGGGGACACAUUCUUUUUUAUUGAGGAAGGGGAGGCGAUUGCUACGAAAACCCAGCAAACCGACGAGGGAGAGAGUCGUGAAAUCAAAGUCGGUCAUUUGAAAAAGGGUGACUACUUUGGCGAGCUUUCUCUUCUGCGAGCAGCGCCAAGGGCGGCGACGGUGAGCGCCAUUCACAGAACAAACGCUGCGACGCCGAAAUUAAAGGUGGCAGCGCUGGAUGAAGCUGCAUUCACCCGCUUGCUGGGACCUCUCCGGGAGAUCAUGGAACGAAAGGCAGGGGAGCGUUAUGGCCCCAGGCUAUCGUUGUCGCGAUGAGCUCUGUGUAACAACUAUACCCAUUACUCUGUGAUAUGUACCGUGUAUUUCACGUAAACAUCCUCAUCUUGUACGCUUUGAUUUUUACCUUACUUUAUUGAACAACAACCGU